AAGUACGACGCAACAUUUUCACGCUGCAUUGCGUUCUUCACAUCCUGACCGCUCCAUGAGGACAUCCCGACUUCCCAACUUUAUCCCACGGCGUGACAAGCAGACAGAGGAGGCGUGGUAUCUGACGUCACUCGGGCUGAACCGUACUACAGCACUAGUCUGGCUGGAUGUCUGACUCAGCCACGCAGGUUGUUUGGGGGAAUAUAUUUUAAACGCACGUUUUUAUUAAAAAGACCGUAAAAUGCUCGCUCCUUGCUCUUGUUUUGGACUACGCGCAUCCUUUGUUUCGGGCGGUUUGAGGAAGUGCGACAGGAGGUUUUGAGGUGUUUAUCAAGAAGAUGUCCAAGGCUCUUGCUCUCUCAUUUUAUAUAUAGACUGAAAAUGUCAUCUUUCUGACCACACCUGCAAAUGAACUCAGAGGUUACUUCAAUAAAUGGUACAUUUUUCUAUGUGGACUAGUGCCAACGCUGCAGAAAAAGCCCAGCGUCCCGAUUCCAGGUCACUGUGUCCCCAAAUUAAUGCUGCCACUCUCCAGCACCCGCCACCCAAUCGGUCUGUUUCUCCUGUUCUCCCCAUGGGGCUGAAUUUUGCAUUCUCUGACCCUGUUUGUAACUAAUUCCAAAAAAGUUUUUACUUUUUCUUAAUAGACUAAAUUUAGAACUGCGCAAUAACAGCCCAACACAUGGUACUGUUGGAGUUUUAACCCUUACAAGAAACUCAAGCUGAAUGUCGAUGAGCUCUCAGGAUUUAACCCAAGGACUGUUCAAGUGAGUUAGCACUCAGGAUUUUAAACCAGGUCAGUUUUAAACAAGCAUCAACUCCAGAAAAGCCACCAGAGCGCUCAUGUGAAAAGUAAAUCAUGAGCUCUGACAGUUUUUUCCAGUACCGUGCACUGUUCGAGUACAAACAGGAGCGGGGCGACGAUAUCUCUCUGCAGCCUGGUGAUCUGCUCACCGUCAGUAAGAUGGCACUGCUGGCAUCUGAGUAUCAGGAAGGCGAUGAAAAGUGCCCCAAAGGCUGGCUGCAUGGAACCAACGAACGCACUAAAGAGAAGGGCAACUUCCCUGGCACCUUUGUGGAGUAUGUUGGGGUCGUGAGGACAGGCCUUACUUCAGGAAAGCCCUGGCCAAGACCUGUGCCACCAACACCUGUAGGGCCUCAGCCUCCAGGGGCUUCAGCUUCAGAGGGCCCCUGUGGAAAGGCAGAUGUUGUGGAGCAGUGUGCUCUGCCUGACCCGUCCCCAGUUGUGGUGCUUCGGCUGACGGAGGCUCUGGAGAGACUAGACUGGGAGAAUGAGCCACUGUACCGAUCUGGCCAGGCCUCCACUGGACCUCCAGAAUUACUUCAGGCUUUGGAAACAGGUCAGUAA